CUAAUAUCCGGAUGCCUGCUUCUCUUCGAAUCAUAUUUGGCGGCUAAAGCUAGUAUGAACUAGUAAGCAGACAGUGGUCUUACGUUCAUUCUUGAUUGGAGGGGAUGGCUUGGUCCUUGCAGGCCAGGACAUCUUUGCGCUUGGUCAACUGCCUCGUCCCAUUUUGUCUAAAGAGCAUCAUGGAAAGCCUGUGAAUAUGGGCUUGAAAAUGCUUCGCCCGUGUAAUCACGCCUCGGCAGAUGAAUCUUCUUGACAAAUGUUCAUCGCCAUCCCCUUCGCCCACAUAAGACAGCCUUGACUUUGCUCGGUCUUCCUACCGCAGAGUCCUCCUCCCAUUGAUUGUCUCACGCUCUUUCUGUAUUGUCCCUCCCGCUCCCCAAACCAGUCAAUAAGGACCGAGCCAUGACUUCCCAUGACAGGGAAGAAGAACUGGAUGCUCCCUUGUCCCGCAAGCGCUAUCACACUGAAGCCGCUGAUUAUCCUCGACGGCGUGCAACUAUAGCAAUCUGUCGUGUACGCAAAACAAGAUGCAAUGGCGCCCGUCCGAGAUGCCAGCUCUGUAUUGAUCUUGAUGCGGAGUGUAUUUAUCGAGAGCCGGGCAUCAAGCUAGAUGCUGGUGACAAGCUAAUCAUUGAACGACUUGACAGAAUCGAGGGCCUUUUGCGUUCUAGGCUGGUCGGGGAGGCCACCAGUCAUUCUCCCCUGUCUUCAAUCACAUCCGAGACUGUGAACGACCCCGCAGGCAACGACGACCCUGUAAUCAAUAUGACUGAAAGCGCCGCGAUGUCGUCCAGGACAUCUGUGGUCGGGCUUGGUUCCUGGGCCAACCCACCAACAAACAUCUCAACAAUGCCUAAACUACAUACGACGCCGGCUUUGAAUCUAUUGCAAUGGCCAUUGAUUCGAGAUCUUGUCGCUGCACCCUACGAUCCUCACACUUUGUUGCAGCUAGAGAUGGCCCGUGAGCCGCUCCGGAUGCCAUCAUAUGUUGGACUCGACCUAUCCAAUGCCAUCACAUAUGUUCAGGCAUUUUUUGCACGCGUUAAUGUUUGGUAUGCCUGCGUCAAUCCAUAUACCUGGCCUCGUUACUACGACACGGCCAUCUCAUCUAGCUUUCAAGAAGGAGCUGAGAGCUGUAUCGUUCUCCUGGUCCUGGCACUAGGCUGUGCGAGUCAAUAUGGAAGCAUAUCAACUCUUUCGCCGGAAGCGGACCCACCAGGGCUGCCAUACUUCGUUGCCGCAUGGGGCCUUUUGCCCAACAUUACAAUGCGCAACUCUGUACUUGCUGCUCAAUGUAACAUUCUAGCCUCUGCUUAUUUGUUCUACUUGGUCAGGCCACUGGAGGCUUGGACACUACUCUCAAGUGCUAGCUUGAAGCUACAGCUGCUUUUCGGCAAUCCGUCCCGUGUCUCUGCUCAAUGGAGGGAGUUGAGCACAAGACUAUACUGGAAUGCUCUUCUACACGAGAGCGAUCUACUGGCGGAACUAGACCUUCCACACUCCGGGAUUGUGCACUAUGAAGAGCUUGUUGACCUUCCAGGUGGCUUCGAGCAGGAGGACGACGAGGAUGAAGAUCAAAGCAACACACCUCGGGAAGAUCUCACUGUAGAAUCGAUGGUAGGGCACGACGAGCUCUGGUAUUUCUUAGCCGAAAUCGCUCUGAGAAGGCUUCUUAACCGAGUCAGCCAUGUCAUCUAUCAAAAGGACAAUUCACUUACCCUUGCGUCGCUUGGGCCGAUUGCCUUGGAGCUAGAUUUUCAGCUUUCUCAGUGGUACGAAGGGCUCCCCAUUCCUAUCAGAUUCCCCCUUUCCUCGCUACGGACUUCGAACUCAAUUCAGACUGUUCUGAGACUCCGAUACUUUGCAUGUCGCACGAUUAUUUACCGUCCAUACAUCCUGGCGGUGCUUCAACAUGAACAGACAUCCAGAGAUCCAAUGGUGAGAGAAUGUUGUCGGCGAUGUCUGGAUGCAACUUUGAAUCAGCUCGACCAUAUAAGCAGUCACCGUGAAGGUCAUCUCCCAUACCUUUGGCAGGGUGCCCUCUCAAUGGUCUCGCAGACAUUGUUGAUUAUGGGAUCAACCAUGUCUCCAGCGCUUUCAGUACUUCUACCUCCAGCGGCUCGAGUCGAUGCAAUCAUCAGCGGCGUCAUAGAGGAAGUCAGUCGAUAUGCGCAUCUUGCUCCAAGUCUCAAGCUCUCUGCGGAGAUUAUCCGCGACGCGGAGGAAAGACGGCAGGCGUGUCUCAGAUCCAUGACCAAGCCAACCAAAAAGGCCAUUUGAUUAGCCGCUUAUCAGCCAAGAUACAAUCAAACUUUAAGAGAAGCUCGAAGACAAGAGGGACUCCUCAUGCUUACCGCAAGGCGUGUCUCGUAUGACCAGGGGAUUUAAACCUGAAGCUUUUCCCGCGGCGUCUCAAGUCUCAUCUGGCUUGAAGCAGCAUUUGAUGGCUAGUAUAUGUUUGGGUAUCAAUAUACUCAGAAUAAGUCUAUUAUACCAACUGACAAGACAGUCUGAAUGUUGCACCAGGAGGUGAAAAUAGUGCUAGAUCAAUAAAGCAGAGUAUUAUUAGGCAUAGUAGUGUUCAGAUAAGCACCCACUCACUCCCCCUUUUGAUGAACUUAUCCAGCAUUAAUCCGAUAUCGUUCAGUGCAAAUCGACAUAUGUAGAAGCCAAAGAAUUCUGCGGCAUGGCGAGUGCUUAAUUCAAGGCCAACAAGGGUGGGAGAAGAAUGCUUCAGACCGGG